UCCAAAGAAAGUCGUAUCUUGCGCCUAUCCCCGCACGCUUUUUGCAACCGAGAAAAAAAACAAACCAAAAGGGCGCUGGGGGCAGGAAGCCUGCUGCUGAAAAGCUCAAACCCUCCUCACUUCCACGCCUCUCCCCCCUUUCCACGCUUCGCUCCCGGCAGCCACUCCCCAUGUCUUCUAGAGGAGGAGGGAUAGGCGGCGGCGAAGGAGGAGAUCACCAUGGCGUCUACCACCAGCACGGCCACGGCCAUCUCGCCCGCGCAGAUGGGUCCGAGUUCAUGUUCAACAGCAACGACAUGGAGAGCUUCUUCUUCAGCCAGCCCGGGCCGGGCGUCGUCGGCGGCGGGGGUAGCAGCAGGGCCGGCGCCGACGAGCUCAUGCCGCCCUACUCCAGCCUCACCGACUACCUGCAGGGGUUCCUGGACCCCUCCGGGCUGGCGCGGCACCUGGACGCGCCGUUCCCGCCGGCGGAUCAGGAGGCCCCGGUCAAGCACGAGCUGUCCCUCGACGUGAUGAGCCACGACAGCCAGGGCACCAGCGGCGGCGGCGCGGCCGGAGAAGGCGCCGCGCUGCUCACGCCCAACUCCUCGGUGUCUCUCUCGUCCAGCGACCGGGAGGGGGACGGCGGCCAGCCUCGUCGGUGCAAGAAAAAGGCGGACGAUGAGGUGGCCGCGGAGGGGGAUGAGAAAGAUCAGGAAGAUGGGGAGAAUUCCACGAAAGCGACCAAACCCAACAAGAAGAAAACCGAGAAGAGGCAGAGGCAGCCCCGAGUGGCGUUCCUGACCAAGAGCGAGGUGGAUCACCUUGAGGACGGCUACCGGUGGCGCAAAUACGGCCAGAAGGCGGUCAAGAACAGCCCAUACCCAAGGAGCUACUACCGGUGCACGACGCCCAAGUGCGGCGUGAAGAAGCGCGUGGAGCGGUCGUACCAGGACCCGUCGACGGUGAUCACGACGUACGAGGGGCAGCACACGCACCACAGCCCGGCCAGCCUCCGCGCCGGCGGCGCGCACCUCUUCAUGGCCGGGGCGCACGCGCUGCCGCCGCACCUCAUGCCGGGCGGCGGCGGCUUCCGGCCGGACCUGAUGGGCAUGAUGCAUCACAUCCCCACGGGCGCAAGCCCUAGCAUGUUCCUGCCGAGCAUGCCGCCUCCGCAGAUGCCAGCGCCGUCGCCUCCUCCCCCUCCUAUUCAUCAGCAGCACCACUUCACGGACUACGCCCUCUUGCAGGACCUUUUCCCGUCGUCCACAAUGCCCAACGACCCAUAACUAACUGCCACACAAUUUAUUAGCUGCUAGCCUAGAUCAUCGACACAUGAGAUGCUUCUUCUGAAAUACUCGAGUUUGGGCGCGCCAAAUGUGAUCACCUGACCCUAUUAUUGGGCUUGGUCUUGCACGGUGAGGGAGUUGUUAUUAUAUUGUUGAUUAAUCUGAUGCAUGCAAGCUUUCAUCUUAAACUUUUGCUUGCAUUUCUUCCUCUUCCAUUUGUCAACUUCUCUCCUCCUGGCCUCCCGCGGAUGGAAGUUACUUUAAAACUAUCGCUAGAACGGCAACAUAAUUUAUAUGUGUACAUCACCUCUAGCUAGACUUCAUGUACAUGUACUAGUGUAUAUCAUGUGUUCCUCAUUGACUCGUUCGGGAGAAAUUUGAAGGGAGCUACUAUUUCAUUUCUUUCCCUAGUUCCCAUGUGAAACUCAAGAAGAUGCCACCUCCACUUCUGCUUGUUUUUCCCUAUAGCAUGGUGCCUGGAUGCCGUGUCCAGGCGUGCCGCUUCUCUGGUCCAUGUGUAGAACUUGAGCUGAUAAUAUGUUGGUGUAUGUAAACAAGAGUUUGUUUGCUUUGGUGUU